GCUGCUUCUCUCGCGCUGUUAAUUCUUCUUUCCUCCUCCGAGGAGUUCAGAGGAGUGGGAGAUCCUCAUCCCGCUUCCCCUUUGUCCCCCCCCCCAAAUCGCCCUAAGUUGAAGGCAGCCCUGCAUCGCGAAGUUCUCUGUGCUAUGCUGGGUUUUUAUAGCCUGUUGGAAGCCGCCCAGAGUGGCUGGGGCAACGCAGUUAGGUGGGCGGGGUUGUUGUUGGCAUCUGGCUGUCAUGAGACAGACAAUGGAGUGCGCCUCCGGGGGUGAAUUCGAAACUACCGCGUUAGCAGCACCAAAGGAGCUCCUGGCUGCUAUCUCCCUUGUUGUGACAUCUCCAGAGUGCAAGCGUGGGCCGUGUGUGUGAAGGCCUUGGCUUCCCUUAGGACAAGACUCCAUUCUCAACCUUGCUGGGGCUUAUGAUUUUCAAAGAGGUGGCCGUGUGUUUCACCGAGGAGGAAUGGGUUCUGCUAGAUCCAGGCCAAAGGGUGCUCUACUGGGAAGUCAUGGCAGAGAACUAUGGGAUGGUAGCCUCCCUGGUCCAGGAGCUGCAGCCAGGAAUGAAUGUGGAAGCAUGGGAGUUGGCAGCAGCCCAUGAACCCGGGGAGAGAAUGGAAAGAGGAGAAAAUGAGACUCCUGCUGUCCAACUUGGGACUGAGAGACAGUUUCUGUGUGGGGCAAGUCUGCCGCAGGCCAAACAGACUCCCGCUUCUAGGUCCCAGCUGGAAUGGGAAGACCAGUUCCUGAAUUUCCUGAAGACAGCAGCAUCCUCUCCCUCUGGGCUUCCCUGCCCCCAGUCCUCGUUGGUGUCUGAUAUAAGGGAAUCCCAGGCUUCUUUGAAGGGGAUCAUGAACCACAGCCAUGGACAUAGUGGAGAAGGCGUUGAGCACACCCUGCCAGGCCUUGGCUGUGAAACUCCAGGAAGCCCGAAGUAUUUUGUGAAGGUGAAAGAAGAGGUUUUGACUGAGGAGGAGAGUGCUGGUGUGGAGAUGCAAGGGAGGCCGGAAGAAAAAGCAUUGAGGCCUACAGGAGAUGAUAAUGCCUCCUUGUUGGAGCAGGAUCUGACAGACUCGGUGAAGAUGCAAGAGGACGAUCUCUUGGGAAACGGCAACGGAGCGCUCAAGUCUGAGAAGACCUUUGGCAAGGAACACCUAAGCGAAUGAGCCGCAGUAG